UAAUAAUAGCAUGAAUAAACCUUAAAUAAUACAAAAGAAAACACAUUACAUUCAGAGUGGUCAGUCCAUAUGAGCUGACAUAAGUUUAGAUAGCUUUGAGGCACCUUUUGUUUUUACCUGUUUUAUGGAUUUAUAUAAAAUGUUGAAAUAUUUUUAAAUGCUUUGAAACAAGAAGAAACUUGAACAAAUCUACAUUUGUGAAUGUAAAAUUUAGCUACAAUUGACAUAUUAUUACACAGAAAUUCAAAUUCUUUGUUUUUCAUAAAAACGCUGAAUUUCACAAUGUGAUAGUCAAACGCAGGUAUUACAUUUUUUAUCAUCAAUCACUCAUACAGUCGGUCCCAAAUGGCUUUGACAAUAGAACAACUAUAAAAAAGAUGUUCCUGAGAUUUAAUAUCUUUCAAGCGGAAAAUACAAGCUUUACUUUGUAAAUUAAAUCUUAUUGUAAGAAAUUCAUUAAAUGGAUAAAUGUCAUUAAUUGUUUUGAAAUGCACUGCUUUCAUUUUGGGUAACAAGGCAAAUGACAGGUAUCUUUUUCUUACUUUAAAACUUUUCUUUUAACAGAAAGAGGGAAAUAUUUUUUUAUCAGUAGUGAUCUCAAGACCUUGUUGUUACAUUUAAUAUCCAGAAAUGAAUCAUUUUCAAUAAACAAAUUCACAGGCCAGAGACAUGCCCACAUUGAAAUGGUCUAUAGUUGGGUGCGCUGUUUCCCUUUCGACCAAUAGUCGGCAGUGUUCCUUUUCCAGCUUGUUUGUGUUGCUUCUGUCAUCCGAGUAGAAGAGGAGAAUCGCGGCGCUCUGAUUGGCUGUGCUCGCAUCACGUCAUGUUUUCUGUUUCUAAACGUUUCCUGUCAAAUCUUCCUUUCGGGAUUGACACAGCUCACCGCUUUCAGUUAUUUCUGAUCGAAAUGACAGCGAAUAAUCAGCAAUGGACGGAUCACCUUUAAAAUGAGAAGAUUUCCCACCUCAUAUAGAAGCACAGUUAUCAAGCAGAUGUGAAAUGGCUACAACUUUCAUCUGCAGGGCUCAGCUGCUCUAAUGCCAGAUCCACACUUCAGGAGUAUCCCAGAAUUCCCUGUAAUAACCCCACCGCAUGUCGCGCAUCAGGAGCACACUGGACACCGUUACCAAAGCCGUGAGCGGGACGGUGAACACAGACCUCCUCUCUAAAAUCACACGCCUCAAACCAGGAAAAGCUUUAGAGGUCAAGGUGGAAUGUCCUGCCGUGGAAGCCGAGGCCGGAGCGGUCAUGACUGUGGCUGCAGCUGAGCCACAAAUGGAGAAAGAGGGGAAAAAAGACAUGGAAGACUCCCCCAAAUCUGGAAACGCAUCCAGCACGGGUGCAAAGCAAACACUACAGCGCUUCCAACCCUCUGCGUUCACAACCAACAUGGACGAAACAUACAAUCACCUGGCUGAACAUGUCAAUACCUACUUUGGAAGUGAUGACAAGCGGUUGGACAGAGGAGAAUCAACACCAUCUCAAAUCAAACCUCUUCCCAAAGUGAAUAAAGAUCAUAUUAUAGCAGCGCCUGUGUGCCAUAAAUCUACACCUGAAGCUAAUCCUGCUAUUGAUAAAAACAGCUCUGUCCCACAAGCACCGUCCAUUCCAGUUCAGGAUGAGGGGGUUUCGUCUGUUCCCAUUUCACCGAGAAAAGGCAUCAGUCAUUAUCUGUCAUACCCUAGGCCCAGCGUUCAGGCUUUUGUUGGGAACUAUAUUGCGCCUCUGGUACCGAAGUUCAGGGCGGAUGCAAAAAGUGGUGCAGGGGAGAAGGACAAAGCCUCUGGAUCUGAACCGGAUGUGUCUCAGGAUGUAAAGAAAGCAGAGAGCAAGGAGCAGAAAGAGGCUGAGGAGAAAGCACAGAGACUGCUGUCUCAGAGGGAGAAGAUUAUAGCACGUGUUAGUGUGGAUAACCGGACGAGAGCGCUGGUCAAGAGUCUCCAGCGUGUCACUGAUGUGAAGAUCACCAUCAGCCGAGUGGAGGAGCUGAGCUUCCACCUACUGGAGUUUCCAGAGACCAGAGGAGUCGCGGUCACUGAGAAGGUCGUCCCAUGUCUGUUGCGUCUGAGGCAGGCGAGAGAUGUCAGUCUGCAGGCGGCAGUCAGACAGGCUCUCACUCUGGUGGGAUACAUUGAUCCGGUCAAAGGCAGAGGGAUCCGUGUGCUCUCCAUUGAUGGAGGAGGAACCAGGGGUUUGGUUGCAUUACAGGCUUUGCACAGGCUGGAGAGUUUGACCGGGAAGCCUAUUUACCAGCUGUUUGACUACAUAUGUGGAGUUAGCACAGGGGCCAUUUUGGCAUUUAUGCUGGGUGUGUUCCAGAUCCCCCUAAAGGAGUGUGAGGAACUGUAUCGAAAGUUAGGAUCUGAUGUCUUUAAGCAGAAUUUAAUAGUGGGCACAGUGAAAAUGGGCUGGAGUCACGCAUACUAUGACAGCCAGAUGUGGGAGGAGAUCCUCAAAGAAAAAAUGGGGCAUGGACUUAUGGUUGAGACCUCCAAGAACCCAAACUGCCCCAAGGUGUCAGCAGUGAGCACGGUAGUGAACAGAGGCCUGCCACUGAAAGCGUAUGUCUUCAGGAAUUACAACUUCCUGCCAGGGGUUCGUUCGCACUACUUGGGCAGCUGUCAGCAUAAAAUGUGGCAGGCCAUUCGAGCAUCGUCCGCCGCUCCAGGAUACUUCCAAGAAUUUGUGCUAGGAAAUGACCUUCACCAGGACGGUGGUCUCUUGAUCAAUAACCCCACAGCUCUGGCCAUCCAUGAGAGCAAGUGUCUGUGGCCAAACACACCAGUGCAGUGUGUGGUGUCUCUGGGCACAGGUCGAUACGAAACCGCCACCAAGACCAGCGCGAGCACUUAUACCAGCCUGAAGACCAAACUCACCAAUGUCAUCAGCAGCGCCACAGACACAGAAGAGGUCCACACAAUGCUGGACGCCCUCCUCCCCCCGAACACCUACUUCCGUUUCAACCCUUACAUGAGUGAGGACGUCCCGUUAGACGAGAACAGACAAGAGAGGCUGGACUACCUGCAGGCUGAGGGGCGUCGUUACCUGGAGCGCAAUGAGAAUAAGCUAAAGAAAGUGGCUAGUGUCCUCACGCAGGAAAAAGGUAUCGUUCAGAAGCUCGCAGAAUGGGUACAACUCAAAGCUGACAUGUACGACGGCCUUCCCUUUCGCUCUAAACUCUAAAACCCACACUCUAAACCAAACUAGCACAACCCCUGACGUUUUCCGUGUAGUGUUAAAAACAAUGCAAACUGUGUACUGCAGUGGAAAGGAGUGUUACCGUGCCAUUUGAUAACUGAAAAUAGGGAAUCAAGUCUAUUGCCUCAUAUUGACGAGCACAUUAGAAGGUAAAUUGGUUCAUCUGGUUUGAUUUAUACAUUAUAUAUAUAUAUAUAUACAUAAAUAUUUACCUUGUGGAUCUUAUUUGAAAUGAAGAGCCUCGCAAGCAUGAAAUGUUAGUGGCAAUGCUAACUAGCUAACAUUUGAGUUUGCUGUUUGUUUGUUCCUACUAAUGUCAUUUUGAGUCUGAAAUAGUAUAAAAUUGCUGUUGUGUAGUGUUUUCACUUAAAAAAAAAAAAGUUUCAAGACAAUACUGCGAGUAGUUGACUAAACUAACACUACUGUAGUUAGCAUGAGGUGCUACUAGAUGCACAGACUGAAGUGUGUGUAAAUAAUGUCCAAUCAAACGCAAACUGAUGUUCAUAAUUGUCCACAUUUAUUUAUAUCAAACCUCAAAGGGAACCAACGGCACUGACCUUUAAAAGAUUUUGCACAAGAAAGCACUUACUGCAGUUGUAUCUUUAAUUUAGCAUUGAUUACUGUGGAAAUGCUAAUCAGCUAAUCCAUAAUUUUGGAUAUUAUGUUUGAAAGCCUCAGCUGUAUUUCAGUAUACAUUUUCAUUUGCUCCUAUGCGCACUUGACUGGAAAAUAUUUUAGUUAAUUUAUUGGUUCUGUUCGGAUUGAGUGUGAUUUCUUGUAAAAUACUAUUAAUCCUUGAAUGCGAUGAGUGAGAUUAUGACUGUGUUGUCAAUUCAGUUUUAACCGCAAAUGCCCUUUUCCGAAUAACACCUUAAAGUUGUGAUUGUGAGGAAAAAUAAACGAUUUUAAAUCUCAAA